UGUUAUUAAAAUUUUCAGUAUUUAUAAAGUCGUCGCAAUGUCAUCAAAUCAAAAUUAACCCAGGUUGAUUUUCAUCAUUUUUGAAGCAAACUUAUUUUUCGAAAAUUCGUCAAGUUUUAUUUUACAGACAUGGAGAAGAAUAUUUUCAAAACUCCUUUGUUUAAUGCUGCGAAAAAAGGAAUUCUCGAGGAAGUGAAAUUUAUUUGUGAAACUAAUAUUGAAGAAGAGGAGAGAGUGAGUGAAUAUUAUCCAUCUCUUUAUAUCGCGUCUUAUCAAGGAAACGAAGAAAUUGUCGAAUAUUUACUUUAUAUGGGAGCGGAUCCAAAUUAUUCGUUCAAAAAUUAUUUACCACCUCUGCAUGCCGCUGCUCAAAAGGGACGACUUUCGAUAGUAAAAUUAUUAUUGGAUUACGGAGCUGAAAUUAAUCCGAAACCAGAGGAAGGAUUUUUUUCAUCUCCACUUCUCACGGCUUCUCGCGGUGGACAUGAAUUUAUGGUGAAAUUUCUUCUGGAUCAUGGAGCAAAUAUUGAGGCAAAAUUAAAUCCAAUUUGUGUGCGAGUUUCAAGUGUAAUUGAACGACUGUUUGCUUAUGGUGAUUACAGUGAAUCGGAGAUUAAUUCAAAAAGUGAAAAAAUUGGUUACACUUCGUUGCAUUUGUCGGCUGAUAAUGGAGAAAGACGAGUUGUUCGUAUUUUAAUUAAAUAUGGGGCGAAUGUUAAUUCAAAAUCAAAUUUAAAUAUCUCGCCACUAUUUGUCGCUAUUAUCAAAAAUUUUGAAUCAAUUAUUCAGUUAUUGAAAAAAGGAGGCGCGAAUUUAAAUGACACUGUCAAUGGAGUGAGUCUCUGUCAAUAUUUAAUUUUGCGUGAUCGUAAGAAAAAUGAUUCAAACAAGCAAAAAUCUUGUCAAGAUCCAAAUAGCGAGGAAGAAAAAUCUGAAGAAGAAGAAGAAGAAUAUUCAUCGGAUGAAAAGUAAAAAAUAGAUUUCAAUGACUUUUAUUACUUUUUAAAAUUAUUUUUAGUAUUUUUAUUAUUUUAUUAUUUAUUUUGUGAGUCGACUUG